CGACUGAACUGCUGAGGAAUACAGUCGAGGUCUCGGUUCAAGCGUUUCGAUGGUGGGGCGAAUACGAGGCCAAACGCUCACUCAGCCGCGCCUGAUUGCGGUUUCUGGCGUGGCAACGGGGAAGCCGAGUCCGGGCCCGAAGCGCACUCGGAUAUCCACGCUGAGCAAUUCCAGUAAAUUGCAAAAUAUGAGGGAGCAACAAAUCGCCCGUCACCCUCUGCCGCCCUGUGGAUUUGGGCACACAGAACUUUCGGUCUGGCAGGCAAUAGGCCGAUCUCUAAGCAGCUCAACGACAUUGUACCUCAAUUCUCGAUCGUUAAUCCAAAGACCCAAAUUGUGCCUGUAUAUUCCCAUUGGAAUAUCGGACACAUCCUGCAGCGGAGCGCUCUGUUUGAUCGUGGGUAAGAUUCUCGUCUGUGGACAGAGGAUGUUUCUCCUAAUCGUGCCUAGGUUUCAGAUUUCUUUGCGACUGAUGGUUACCGUAGAGUAUCCUUUGCAUAGGGUCUGGUAUUGACAGAUAUGAGGGACAUUUGGUGGGAGCAACAGUUUCAAUAUUCAACUAAGCUGCAAUUUAAAACACAAAAUAUCAGUCCAGCAUUUAGAUAUAACCAAAAUCCAUGCCGCCAGCAUGUG